AUGGCGGAGGCGGAAGGGGAGAGCCUGGAGUCCUGGCUGAAUAAGGCCACCAAUCCUUCCAACCGCCAGGAGGACUGGGAAUACAUAAUUGGCUUCUGUGAUCAGAUCAACAAAGAGCUUGAAGGGCCACAGAUCGCUGUCCGAUUGCUGGCCCACAAGAUCCAGUCUCCGCAGGAAUGGGAGGCGGUCCAGGCCCUGACGGUGCUGGAGGCGUGCAUGAAGAACUGUGGGAGGAGGUUUCAUAAUGAAGUGGGAAAGUUCCGGUUUUUGAAUGAAUUAAUCAAAGUCGUCUCUCCGAAGUAUCUGGGGGACAGGGUGUCUGAGAAAGUGAAGACCAAGGUUAUCGAGCUGCUUUACAGCUGGACAUUGGCCCUGCCAGAAGAAACCAAGAUCAAGGAUGCUUACCACAUGUUGAAGAGACAGGGCAUCGUGCAGUCCGACCCACUGGUCCCUGUGGACAGGACACUGAUCCCCUCUCCGCCACCUCGUCCCAAGAAUCCCGUUUUUGACGAUGAGGAGAAAUCUAAGCUUUUAGCCAAGUUGUUGAAAAGCAAAAACCCGGAUGAUCUACAAGAGGCCAACAAGCUCAUCAAGUCCAUGGUGAAGGAAGAUGAGGCGCGGAUCCAGAAGGUGACCAAGCGUCUGCACACUUUAGAGGAGGUUAAUAACAACGUAAAGCUGCUCAAUGAGAUGCUGCUUCAUUACAGCAAAGAGGGUUCUUCGGAGGCAGAUAAAGAGCUCAUGAAGGAGCUGUUUGAUCGGUGUGAGAAUAAGAGGCGGACAUUAUUCAAACUAGCCAGUGAGACAGAGGACAAUGACAAUAGUUUGGGGGACAUCCUCCAGGCCAGUGACAACCUCUCCCGGGUCAUCAACUCUUACAAAACAAUUGUUGAAGGACAGGUUAUCAACGGUGAAGUAGCCACAUCAGCCAUGCCAGACGCUGAAGGAAACCUCUCUAGGAACCAAGGCACUCUCAUCGACCUUGCUGAGUUGGACACACCAAGCAGCUCAUCCUCGGUGUUGGCCCCAGCCCCUGCCCCACCGUCCUCUGGCAUCCCUAUUCUCCCCCCACCCCCCCAGACCUCAGGACCUGGACGCAGCCGCUCAUCCAGCCAGGCUGAGGCCCCCCCGGGACCCAGCAGCACAAGCAACGCUGUCUGCCUGCUGGACGAGGAGCUGCUCUGCUUGGGCCUCGCCGACCCAGCCCCCACUGCUCCUCCCAGAGAGCCAGCUGCAAACAGCCAGUGGCCCCUGUUCCAGAACGAGCAGUCGGACCUGGACUUCUGCAGCCCCAAGCCUGGGAGUGCUGCCUGCAGCCCCUCAGACGGGCCUCUUGUCCCGCCCUCAGCACCCUCUGCAGGCAGCUCCCAGGCCCCGCUGCCUUCUCCCUUCCCAGCUCCUGUGGUUCCAGCCAGUGUGCCUGCACCCAAAGCAGGCUCCUUCUUGUUCCCGACUGGACUGGCCCCAGCCCCAGCCCCAGCCCCAGCCCCAGCGACCGAGUCCACAGCCCUUGGGUACCAUGGCUCGGCUUCGGGCGAUAGCACCCUACCGCAGCUGGAUGCCCUCGAUCAUCUUCUUGAAGAGACCAGAGUGACCUCAGGCCUCAUGAAACCCGUCUCUUCCAUCUUCUUCCCUGGGGCCACCACAUCCCCUCUGAUCCCCACCAGCACCACUGCUAGGCCUCUCCUCCCCUUCUCCCCAGGGCCUGGCAGCCCUCUCUUCCAGCCGCCUGCCUUCCAGUCCCAGGGCAGCCCCUUGAAGGGGCCAGAGCUCUCCCUGGCCAGUGUCCACGUCCCCCUGGAAUCUAUCAAACCUAGCGGCGCCCUCCCUGUGACGGCCUAUGAUAAAAACGGCUUCCGCAUCCUCUUCCACUUUGCCAAGGAGUGUCCGCCUGGCCGGCCUGACGUGCUGGUGGUGGUGGUGUCCAUGCUGAACACAGCUCCCUUGCCUAUCAAGAGCAUCGUGCUGCAGGCCGCAGUGCCAAAGUCGAUGAAGGUGAAGUUACAGCCACCCUCUGGGACAGAGCUGUCUCCAUUUAGCCCCAUCCAGCCACCCGCAGCCAUCACCCAGGUCAUGCUGCUGGCCAACCCGCUGAAGGAGAAGGCGAGGCUUCGGUAUAGGCUGACCUUUGCCCUGGGAGAGCAGCUGAGCACAGAGGUGGGCGAGGUGGACCAGUUCCCUCCCGUGGAGCAGUGGGGUAACCUAUGACCCCAGAGGACUCCAUGUCACCACAGUGAAGCCCGGGCAGGCUGCCACGAGACAGGAGGGCUCCCUGGUCCAGUCAUCCUCCACGUCCUGACUGCAGUGCUUGGAGCUUGGAUAUGGAACAGGGGCUAUGGGCAUCACUGCUGGGAGCUGAGCUCUGCUGUGAUGCUCCCUUGGCCCCCUAAAAGGACCUGAUUUUUGUCUACCUGUGUGACUU